CUGAAUUUUCAUAAUUACCAGUUGAUGCUUACUUUGAAAUGUUAUAAUUUUUCUCUUAAUGUUUCUUUUUACAAGUUCCUGUUUUUAAAAUUCUGAAUAGUUUUACGUAUAUACAUCUUUUUGUUAAUUGUUAUGAUCUCUUUGGUUUGUUAAUCUUAGAGUAGAAAUAGACAUUAUUCAUUCUACACCGCAAUAUUUUUUUUGAAAUUCAAAAUUUCCUGGAUAUAUCCAUUUGUGGUGCAUCUCACAACUUGUGGUAGUAUUAUUCUUUCUUAUUAAUUCUGCAGUGCUCUCUAUUUUUUGCCUUUGCCCUUCAGAAGGUUUAUUUCAUAUUCACUAAUAUUUAAUGAACUAUUGAAAGUUCAGUAUCACUUUUUUGCUUAUCUCUUAUCCUUUCCACUUCUUUCUUUUCUUCUCUUCCUCCUGCUCUUCUUCUCCUUCUUCUCUUUCUCCUUGUCCUUCUCCUUCUUCUGGGCUGAUGGCUUUUGUUUAGCCAGCACUUUCAAGGAGUUCCCUUUGUGUAAGGACACUGUCCAUCCUGUCUUAAUCUAGAUUCCUUUUUGGUCCGGGUGAUUCCAAGAGUGCAAGAGUCUACAGCACUCAUUUACUGUUGAUCUUUUAAGCCAUUUAAAUUACAGAAAAUUAUUUACCCGACUGUAUAUUUCAGACCUAGAUAAAGAGUGCAGGGGACAUUUCAUGGUCUUUUAACUACCAUGUGACACCCAUGGUUAUUGCUCUGUUUAUCAGGGACCCAAAUAUCAGAGAAGUAGUACUUCAAUUACUUUGACCAAGUAAAUUCUGGUAAAGUCUACGUUAUGUUCUCAGACUCUACAAAUAUCUUAUUUAUGUUCAAAUUUUAUUUGGUGGGUUUCUUUUCAUGGAGAGCUAUUUCUUCAAUUUAAUGGUUUCACUCUUCACUCUGUACAUAAUUUGAACUAUUCAUUAUUACUUAACAUGCAGGAAGCAGAGAAUAGUGUUAGUUGUUGUGAGUUUUGAAGCCAUCCUUUCUUUCCACACUUUCCUCUUACCAAUUUUAUUCUGUGCAACAGUGCAUAACUGCUUAUCCUCUCUUUUUUCAGUUUUCCACCUGUAAAGUUAGGAUGAAAAAUAGUAAUACCUGUCACAGGUAUUUGCUUUAAAUAUUUAGUAAGUUGUUGCUUACAUGGUGCUUAUGAUAUUAUUAGCUCAGUAGUAAGUGCUUACUAAAGUUUGGCUAUUAAUAUUCUGCAGAAGAAGAGGAAAGAUGUCAGAAAAUUGUAAUAAUGGCUUUCUUUUUUAUGUAACAGUUACCUGCUUUUUAUUUUUAGGGAGGCCAUAAUUACCCAAUUAAUCCAAGAUGCCUCUAAUACUUUGAAUGCCACUCACUACAUGGAAAAAAAAUUUAAAUCAGUGUUUUUGAUGCUGAAAAUCAGGACUUUGCAUUGGAAAAGCUUUUUGGAUUAAAAAAAUGCAAUUAAGCUACUUAGCCCUUGUACUUUGCCAAAGGUGAUUUUAACUUUUUGCAUUAAAAGCGUGUUUCCCCAUGUAGUGUUAGACUACCUUAAACUGGCAUAUUUUCCCAUAUUUAAAAGUUGCCCAAGGUUCAUCAGAGGACUGAACUGAGGUUUGUGCUCCCCAAUGUGUUUAUUUUCUAUUCUUAAAACAGUAGAAAACCAUUGGCUUUCUGCUUUUUAAAAAAUAAGGACACAGUCAUUUUUAAAUAUACACUGAUGGCCUUUGUUUAGCCAGCACUUUCAAGGAAUUCCCUUUGUGUAAGGACACUGUCCAUCCUAUCUUAAUCUAGAUUCCAGACCACUGUUAUACUAAACAGCAAUGCGUGUCAUUUACCUAGACAGUGAUAUCUUACAACUGUAAAAAUAGUAUGCUUUCUUAGGAAAUAGAGAUGAACCAUAGGUAUUACUCUGGAGUAAGUGGUUUGAGAAUGUUCUAGGAGGGUCUGUAAGGACAUGAUAUUGUAUCAAGAAUCACUGAAUUAGCAAGACCCAGCCCCUGGCUUCCAGAAAUUUAUAGAAAAAGAACGUGUCUGUCAUAUGUGAAUAUUACCACCCCAGAAUGCCAAAUAUUAGAAGAGGUACAAGAAAUAUAAAUUUAAAAACAUGUAAAGCUCUGUGAUGGGGUUGAAAAGAAAUAACUGCCUGUUUGCCUUGUUUAAGGAGAUUUCCAAUAGUUAUGAUAUUUUUGUGUUUCUUAAAUGGGAAAGUUUCCUUUGGGAGAAUAUUGAGUGUAAUAUGUAUUCUUGGGGACAGAGGAGCUUAAACAAAUGAGUAAUAGAAAAUCCCUAAUGUGCCUGAACACAGGGAGUAGUCUGUUUCAUCAAAACAUAUGGUUCUCACAGGAAAGGGUAUGCAAUACAGCAGGAAAUGUAACAUGAGAAAAAUGUCUUAGGUAAUUUGAGUACUUGACUAAGAAAUUUUGACUCAACCUCUUAAGUCAUGUGAAAGUUAUCAGAAAAUGUGAAUCCAUAGGAAUAAAUGGUGUUUUUCAUGAACAUGACUGCCUAGACAGCAAAGGACAAAUGGACUUGUGACAAGAGGACACAAUAAGAAUCUAUUGCAAUAAUUCAGGAUAGCAGCAAUAUUUAAAACUCGCUUAGGCAGAUAUUAAACUUGGAAAGCAUUAGCAUACUGAUGUAACAAUUGUACUUGCGGUCAGAAACUUGGGAGUGAAGCAUUCAUGAAAACUUGCUCUGUUCAGUAGAAAUAAACAGGAUAAAAUACCUGAAGUUUGAUUAAAGGACUACUUUAAGUAUGAUGGAUGAGUAUCAACAUUUAGCUAAUGAAGUGAAUGUGUAUUACAAAGAAAAUUGUCUAAAUCCUAAUGGAGAUUGUAAAAACAGGUGGGUAUUCAUAAAACAUGAGGAUUAGAAAGGAGCAAAGGUAUGAGGAUAUGAAAACCAUAAACUCCUGAAACAGAACAUGUAAAUUGCAGUGAAAAGAAACUCAGAAUUCUUCAGUGUGCAGAAGCUUGGAUGUGGGAUCUCACUUCUCAGCCUAAGGACUGAAUCUGGGCCACCAGGGAACUCCCUUAUUGUGCUUUUAAGAAAUGUAUGAGUUCACUGCUUAUAUUCUUUGCUUCCUAAAAAUAAACAAACUUUCUAGGUUUUCUUCCAUUAGAUUCUUAAGAUCCUGGGAUCUUAGAGAGAUCCCAGCAAUUUUUUAAAACAUAAAUCUAAGAAACUAGAGUUUCCUGAGCUCUGAACAAAGGGUUAUAAAACUGAGUAUCACUAACAUAAUUCAAUUUGUCACAUAGAAUUUAUCUUUAUUUUCAAACUGUGUGGAAAAACAUGUUUUCAAGGAAGGCACGAGGAAAGCACAAUUGUAGUCACACUAAAUAUUCAAAAGUUAAGUCUCCUAAGAAUGCCUUCAACAAGUGUGAGAAAUAUUGUCCUAUACUUGAACAAAAACAGAGAAAAAAUUGAGAUGGAAAUAAAACCUGGCAAUUUCUUAAUAUAAAGUUGUUUUGUGUAAUUCGUACUUACUCUUUGGGCCACAUGAUGUCGCUCUUUACCGUGAAAUUCUCCCAAUUCAAGGCAAUUAAAUCAUCCCUUUUCGCAUUGGAAAGUCUCCACUCCUGUUUCUGAACAAUGGCGGACACAUCAAGAUGAUAAAGAAGGGAUGAGAAGAUUCUUCUAAAUUUUGAGGCAGGUUACGCAGAUUAGAAAAAAAAAACCUCAAUAAUUUGAAAUGUACUCAAAUCUAGGCGACUCGAGGAUCCAACAUCUACUGCUAUUUUUUAUAAUUCUCUCAGCCUGGGAGACCGGGAGCGGCCAGGUCCACUACUCAGUCCCCGAGGAAGCCAAACACGGCACCUUCGUGGGCCGCAUCGCCCAGGACCUGGGGCUGGAGCUGGGGGAGCUCGUGCCGCGCCUGUUUCGGGUGACGUCCAAAAGCCGCGGGGACCUUCUGGAGGUAAAUCUGCAGAAUGGCAUUUUGUUUGUGAAUUCUCGGAUCGACCGGGAGGAGCUGUGCGGGCGGAGCCUGGAGUGCAGCAUCCACCUGGAGGUGAUCGUGGAGCGGCCGCUGCAGGUGUUCCACGUGGAGGUGGAGGUGAGGGACAUUAACGACAACCCGCCUGUGUUCCCCGCAACACAGAAGAAUCUGUUCAUCGCGGAAUCCAGGCCGCUUGACUCUCGGUUUCCACUAGAGGGCGCGUCGGAUGCAGAUAUCGGCGAGAACGCGCUGCUGACUUACAGGCUGAGCUCCAAUGACUAUUUCUCUCUGGACGUGCCGGCCGCCGACCGAGAGGUGACACCGCUGGGGCUGGUGCUGCGGAAACCUUUAGACAGGGAAGAGUCUCCGGAACUUCAUUUAGUGCUCACGGCUACCGACGGAGGCAAACCCGAGCUGACGGGCACCGUCCAGGUACUCGUCAAAGUGUUGGACGCCAACGACAACGCCCCAGCCUUCGACAGAACUCUGUAUGCGGUGAAAUUACCGGAGAACGUGCCCAAUGGGACGUUGGUGAUGAAGCUCAACGCCUCAGAUCUGGACGAAGGCUCGAAUGGGGCUAUUAUUUAUUCAUUCUCUAGCGACCUAUCUCCAGGCUUGAAAUCUAAGUUCUCCAUAGACCCCCUAAGCGGGGAAAUUACGGUAACAGGACCCAUCGAUUUUGAAGAGAGGAACGCCUACAAAAUUCAAGUAGAGGCGACGGAUAAAGGCCUUCCACCCCUAGCUGGUCACUGUACAGUUUUUGUGGAAGUUGUGGACGCUAAUGACAAUGCUCCAGAGGUGACUAUCACUUCUCUGUCGCUUCCUAUCUCAGAGAAUGCUCAGCCUGGCACAGUCAUCACCUUGAUUAACGUGUUUGAUCAAGAUUCUGGUGCCAAUGGGCAGGUGACCUGCUCGCUGAUGCCCCACAGCCCCUUCAAGCUGGUGUCCACCUUCAAGAAUUACUAUUCACUGGUGCUGGACGGCACCUUGGACCGCGAGAGCGUGGCGAGCUACGAGCUGGUGGUGAUCGCGCGGGACGGCGGCUCGCCUUCGCUGUGGGCCACGGCGAGCGUGUCGGUGGAGGUGGGCGACGUGAACGACAACGCGCCGGUGUUCGCGCAGCCCGAGUACACGGUGUUCGUGAAGGAGAACAACGCGCCCGGCUGCCACAUCUUCACGGUGUCGGCGCGCGACGCGGACGCGCAGGAGAACGCGCGGGUGGCCUACUCGCUGGUGGAGCGGCGGGUGGGCGAGCGCGCGCUGUCGAGCUACGUGUCGGUGCACGCGGAGAGCGGCCAGGUGUUCGCGCUGCAGCCGCUGGACCGCGAGGAGCUGGAGCUGCUGCAGUUCCGGGUGAGCGCGCGCGACGCGGGCGCGCCGCCGCUGGGCAGCAACGUGACGCUGCAGGUGUUCGUGCUGGACGAGAACGACAACGCGCCCGCGCUGCUGCCGUCGCCGCCGCCGGCCCUGGCCGCCGCACGGGUGGGCCGGGGGCGCGGGCGCGGGGCGGGCGUGGUGAGGCAGCGGGUGGCGCGGUGGGUGGGCGCGGGCCAGGUGGUGGCGAAGGUGCGCGCGGUGGACGCGGACUCGGGCUACAACGCGUGGCUGUCGUACGAGCUGCAGGAGGAGGCGGCGGCGGCGCCGGGGGGCGCGCGGAGCGCGUUCCGCGUGGGGCUGUACACGGGCGAGAUCAGCACGACGCGCGCCCUGGACGAGGCGGACGCGGCGCGCCAGCGCCUGCUGGUGCUGGUGAAGGACCACGGCGAGCCGGCGCUGACGGCCACGGCCACCGUGCUGCUGUGGCUGGAGGACGGCGGCGCGGCGCCCAAGGCGUCUUCGCGGCUGGUGGUGGGCCCCGCGGCGGCGGCGGCGGAGGCGGCGCUGGUGGACGUGCACGUGUACCUGGUGGUGGCGAUCUGCGCGGUGUCGAGCCUGCUGGUGCUGACGCUGCUGGUGUACACGGCGCUGCGGUGCUCGGCGCCGCGCGGCGAGGGCGCGUGCGUGCCCGGGCCGGCCCGGCUGGUGUGCUCGAGCGCGGUGGGCAGCUGGUCGUCUCCGCGGCGGCGGCGGCAGCGGGUGUGCUCUGGGGAGGGGCCGCCCAAGACCGACCUCAUGGCUUUCAGCCCCAGCCUGCCUCCGUUCCCAGGCUCAGAGGACGUAGACAAAUAGCAAGAUUUAAAUGUCGAUGCUCGAAAGGAAGUAAGUCCAUUUAAUUGAUAGUACAAAUUAUUUAAGAUGAGAUUUCAUAAUUUUAAAGUAUUUGACAUUUGAAAAAUAAUAUACAUAUUUUCACAGCUCAAUAUUCAAACGUUUCUGUGGUUUAAUAUUUUUAAGGUUAAUCCAUAUUUCCCCAAUAUCUAUUAAAAUACUUUUUGUGUAUAACAUUGAUUAUCUUUAAGUGUAAAACGUGAUUAAUUCGAUACACCUGUGUAUGGCGAAUUAGCAGCUGUUUUUCUGUACCAACUGACCAUAUUAACCAUUCUCCACAUAUUGGGUUUCUGCUCAAAUCAAAUUUUCCUUGGAUAAAUUUAUUUUUACUCCUUGCAAUUUUUCCCAUUGUGCUGCCUACUUUUCUGAACAUGAGAACAUCAGGUGUACAUGUAUUCCUCCCAAUGGCCUCUAUUUUUCUGAAUAUACGUCGUAGGUAUGUUUAAUCUUACUUCGUAUGUUGCUUUGAUACUAUUAUCUGGUGAUUACUUUUUCUUUACUGACUUUUAAGAUCAGAGUCCAUCCAUUUCAUUUUCUUCUAUCUCUUAGGGUCUGGUACAUAGAUAUAAAAAAAGAUAUAACUACACACACAUAGUCUGUAUAUAGUGUUUCUGUAUUGGUAUCAUAUAUAGUAUGAUAUAGUAUAGUGUUUCUCUAUUGGUGUCAAGUAGUUUAGUAUAAAGUACAGAAUAAUAAUUUCUCUUCAAAAUUUGAAUGUUUUUGGGAGUUGCUGCUGUGGCGCAAUGUGUUAAGUAUCUGACUGCAAUGGCUCAGGUCGCAGUGGAGACGUGGGCUUGAUUCCCCAUAAGGUGUAGUGGGUUAAUGGAUCUGGCAUCACCACAUGCUGUGGGUGUGGCCAUAAAAAAAUAAAAGGUGUUAAGCUUUAAUAAAAUGAAUGUUCUCAUUUUCUUCCUAAAUUUAUCAUAGGACAGUUAAAACUAAUAUCAAGUGUACAAAUAUUUAUUACUACUUUCAGUACAAUAUCAAUUUGAAUAUUUUCUUUUUCAAGAUAUGUUUUACUAUCAGA